CUUGGAUUUCUUAAUGUUCUUGACUCCUCUUGGUUACCAGCGUACCCGCCAAGCAAGGAUCUCAAAACCAACAAUUAAACAGCGACAAUGGCUUCAUAUAAUUACAACAAUUUGGAUUCGAUUUUGAGUCCAUCACUGUUAUCCUUGAACCCCAACAGGGCCCUCUUCACUUCUCAACAACAACCGCCACCCCAAGAGCAAGUCGCAAAUAUUACCAACAACAACGCUCAACGAACGCAAAUACUCAAGGAAGAGGCCCAUAUCGAGAGAGAAAUUAUCAAGGCAAUUUCCAGCGGUAAAAUCGAAUCGUUGCAACCGAAUUCGGGUCAAUCGAUAUCCAUUGGAGAGCACUACGUGUGCGUGUCGUUUCACGAUGAACUAGAGUCGGAUUGUAGAGUGUGGGAGUGGCAUGGACACGUGGUGUCGUAUAGUGCAGAGCGUGGGUACACGCAAGAGUAUGUGUACGGGAGUUACUAUGAGAGGAUGAUGAAGAAGGUACUUUAUGAAGACAGUGAAGAAGAGAAAGAUGAAGAGGAUAAUUCUGGGUUGAGACAGUUUAUUGGCGGGUUGAAUUUGACGGAUGGGAGGGUCUUUUGCAGGAAUUUAAGUGACAAUUCUAGGAGGAUGUAAGAGUUGCUGUUUGUGCAGAUGUUCCAAGCAAGCCUGAAGAUCUGAAGAGCUAGCUUUGCAUUUCUGUCUUUGCUUCAUUAGUUGCCUUCUAGGUUUUAUGUUCUGAUGAAAUGGUUCUCUUCUCAUGGGACUUAUCUGAGGAAAAAGUUGGGGUUCUGCUUUUUAAAAUUUUGAACUUAAGGCUUUUUAGUUAUUUCAACUGCCAAUAAAUUUCAUAGGUACCUUUAAUUGGCUAGGAAUAGCUAAUUCAUCUGAAUCAUUAUAUCUUAUAUGACAGUUGACAUCUCAAUUUCCCUUGAUUGAAGGGGAAAAAGUGGCACAUUUUGUUUAAGACUUAUUUCUCUAGAACAUUGUUACCUUUUUGUUCUCACAAGUUUCCUUCACAAAUAAUGCAUCUAUUUUCCCCGUUUGGGUUGAA